GAACCACCGUUUCCAUCGUCUCAUAGUCCACACGCGACGUCUGGGGCGAUGGACCCGUUUACGGAGAAACUGCUUGAGCGAACCCGUGCCAGGCGAGAAAAUCUUCAGAGAAAAAUGGCUGAGAGGCCCACAGCAGCUGCAAGAUCUGCAACUCAUGCUAAGCGAUCCAGAGAACCACUUACUGAAACAAGUAACCAGCAACCUCCAUCUGGUGGUGAAGAGAAAUCUUGUACAAAACCAUCACCAUCAAAAAAACGCUGUUCUGACAACGCUGAAGUAGACGUUUCUAACUUGGAAAAUAAACAACCUGUUGAGUCAGCUCCUGCAAAGUCUUGUUCUCCAAGUCCUGUGUCUCCUCAGGCUCAGUCACAAGAACCAACUACUGUCAGUGAUUCUGUGGCUAUCCCAGCAUCUCUGCUAGGCAUGAGAAGAGAGCUGAACUCAAGAUUGGACACAACUGCAGCCUCCUCAGUUAAAACACGAAUGCAAAAACUUGCAGAGCAACGGCGCCAUUGGGAUAAUAACAGUAUGACAGGUACAGAUUAUAUGGAUGAUGAUAUACCCAAAAGCUCACUCCUCUCACCAAUGCCAGCGGAGGAAAAGGCUGCCUCCCCUCCCAAACUACCUUCUGCAGCUGCCUCAGCAACUCCACUUGGGAGAAGGGGCCGUCUGGCCAACCUUGCUGCAACUAUUUGCUCCUGGGAAGAUGAUGUAAAUUACUCAUCUGCAAAGCAAAACAGUGUACAAGAACAGCCUGGUACCACUUGUUUAUCCAAAUUUUCCUCUGCAAGUGGAGCAUCUGCUAGGAUCAAUAGCAGCAGUGUUAAGCAGGAAGCUACAUGCUGUUCUCAAAGGGAUGGUGAUGCCUCUUUGAAUAAAGCCCCAUCCUCGGGUGCUGCUGAUGCAUCUUUGGUUAAUACCUCAAUUUCCAGCUCUGUGAAAGCUACUUCUUCCCCAGUGAAAUCUUCUACUACGUCUAUCAGUGAUGCUAAAAAUUGUGAGGUACAACAUCCUGAGCUAAAAAAAACUCCUGUUAGUCCUCUGAAAACAGAGGUAUCGAAACCAAUUGUGAAGUCAACUUUAUCCCAGACAGUUCGAUCUAAAGAACCAAAUAGAGAAAUUUGUCUGUGGUCUCAAUCUAAAGACAAAUCUCCAACACCUGGUGCAGGAAUUAAACCUUUUCUGGAACGUUUUGGAGAGCGUUGUCAAGAGCACAGUAAAGAAAGUCCAGCCCGUAGCAUACCACAUAGGACCCCUGUUAUCACUCCAAAUACAAAGGCUAUCCAAGAAAGAUUAUUCAAGCAAAAUACAUCUUCAUCUACUACCCAUUUAGCACAGCAGCUCAAGCAGGAACGUGAAAAAGAACUAGCAUGUCUUCGUGGCCGAUUUGACAAGGGCAAUUUAUGGAGUGCCGAAGAAGGCGAAAACUCAAAAAGCAAACAACUAAAAACCAAAGAGAAAAUACACUGUCAGAACACUCCCCUCAAAAAACAUCAAGUUGUUUCAAAUACCUGCUCACUUCCAGUAACAGAAAAGGUGACAGAAAAUCAGACAUCAGCAAAGACUUCCAGUAUAGAACCUACAGGUUUCACUGAGUGCGAAGUGAUGAAGUCUAGCCCUUUGAAAAUAACAUUGUUUUUAGAAGAGGAUAAGUCCUUAAAAAUAACAUCAGACCCAAAGGUUGAGGAGAAGACUGAAGUGGUACGUGAAAUUGAGAUGAGUGUGGAUAAUGAUGAUGAUAUCAAUAAUUCAAAAGUAAUUAAUGACAUCUUCAGUGAUGUCUUAGAGGAAGUUGAACUAGAUUUGGGAAAGAGCCAAGAGGAGAUGGAUCAAAUGGAAGCAGAAAGCAAUGAAGAACAGGAAGAUGCACUGAAUAUCUCCUCAAUGUCUUUACUUGCUCCACUUGCACAGACAGUUGGUGUGGUAAGUCCAGAGAGUUUAGUUUCCUCACCUAGAGUGGAAUUGAAGGACACCAGCAUAAGUGAUGAAAGUCCAAAGCCAGGAAAAUUCCAAAGAACACGUGUUCCUCGAGCCGAGUCUGGUGAUAGCAUUGGUUCUGAAGAUCGUGAUCUUCUUUAUAGCAUUGAUGCAUAUAGAUCUCAAAGAUUCAAAGAAAUAGAACGUCCGUCAAUAAAGCAGGUGAUUGUUCGGAAGGAAGAUGUUACUUCAAAAUUGGAUGAAAAAAAGAAUGCCUUUCCUUGUCAUGUUAAUAUCAAACAGAAAAUGCAGGAACUCAAUAAUGAAAUAAAUUUGCAGCAGACAGUGAUCUAUCAAGCUAGCCAGGCUCUUAACUGCUGUGUUGAUGAAGAGCAUGGGAAAGGGUCUCUAGAAGAAGCUGAAGCAGAAAGACUUCUUCUAAUUGCAACUGAGAAGAGAACACUUUUGAUUGAUGAGUUGAAUAAAUUGAAGAAUGAAGGGCCUCAGAAGAAGAAGGAUGGUCCCAUAUCUCAAAGUGAAUUUGUCCCAUCCAAAGGAUCAGUUACUUUGUCAGAAAUCCGCUUGCCUCUAAAAGCAGAUUUUGUCUGUAGUAUGGUUCAGAAACCAGACGCAGCAAAUCACUAUCACUUAAUUAUACUAAAAGCAGGAGCUGAAAAUAUGGUAGCCACACCAUUAGCAAGUACCUCAAACUCUCUUAAUGGUGAUGCUCUGACAUUCUCUACUACAUUUACUCUGCAAGAUGUGUCUAAUGACUUUGAAAUAAAUAUUGAAGUUUACAGCUUGGUACAAAAGAAAGAUCCCUCAGGCCCUGAUAAGAAGAAAAAAUCAUACAAGUCCAAGGCUAUUACUCCAAAGCGACUCCUCACAUCUAUAACCACAAAAAGCAAUCUUCCUCCUUCAGUUAUAGCCAGUCCAGGAGGUCUCAAUGCUGUGCGUACCAGCAACUUUGCACUUGUUGGAUCUUACACACUAUCAUUAUCUUCAGUAGGAAACACUAAGUUUGCUCUGGAUAAGGUGCCCUUUUUAUCCCCUUUGGAAGGUCAUAUUUAUUUAAAAAUAAAGUGUCAAGUGAAUUCAAGUGUUGAAGAAAGAGGUUUUCUGACCAUAUUUGAAGAUGUUAGUGGUUUUGGUGCCUGGCAUCGAAGGUGGUGUGUUCUUUCUGGAAACUGUAUCUCUUAUUGGACUUAUCCGGAUGAUGAGAAACGAAAGAACCCCAUAGGAAGGAUAAAUCUGGCCAAUUGUACCAGUCGUCAGAUAGAACCAGCCAACAGAGAAUUUUGUGCAAGACGCAACACUUUUGAAUUAAUUACUGUCCGACCACAAAGAGAAGAUGACCGAGAAACUCUUGUCAGCCAAUGCAGGGACACACUCUGUGUCACCAAGAACUGGCUAUCUGCAGAUACAAGAGAAGAGCGGGAUCUCUGGAUGCAGAAACUCAAUCAGGUUCUUGUUGAUAUUCGCCUCUGGCAACCUGAUGCUUGCUACAAACCUAUUGGAAAGCCUUGAACUAUGGGAAAUGUCCAUGCCACAUAGAGGUUUUGUGAGUUAUGUCAUAAAUAUAUCUUAAGAAAAUACACUUAAAAGCAUUAGAUUUGUUGAUUGCAUUUCAUGCUUUAAAUACGAAAGGGUUGUGCCAAUAUUCACUACAUA